UUUCCUCGAUCAUAUUGGGAGCAAUUCCGAACUCCAAUCUUGAUCACCCACUGCAUAUUUGUAGGUAAAGAAACCUCCUCCCCUCGUUUCUCCCUCUCGAUCACCACCCUUAGCUUACCCUUCACCUGCCAUCUUCUGUUCUGUUCAUCUUUUUUUUGCUGGUUCCUCUGCGAUGGGGAGGACUCCAACGGGCUCUUCGCCGGAGUCCGAAGUUCAGAUCAAGGUCCAGCCCCCCCGUCGCACUGAUUCUCCUCAGCCUCCCCCACCGGGUGCCAGCCGGCCACGCAAUCACGACCAUAACCCACCCAUGCCGCCUCCACGCCCUUACCAGCCUUUCAAGAAAUGGUUCCCAUGGCUCGUCCCUCUCAUUAUCGUCGCCAACAUUGGUUUCUUUGUGUAUUCAAUGUACGCCAAUAAUUGCCCCAAAAACUCCGAGCUUUGCUUCGGAACUUCUUUGCUUGGCCGCUUCGCCUUCCAGAACCUCCAUGAAAACCCCUUGCUUGGCCCCUCCGCUUAUACGCUGCGAAAUUUGGGCGCUUUGGAUGUGGAUAGGGUCAUAGAAGAUCACCAGUUAUGGCGGUUGGUCUCUUGUAUGUGGUUACACGCCGGUGUUUUCCAUGUUGCCGCCAACAUGGUUAGCCUUCUAUUCGUCGGCAUCCGGCUUGAGCAGGAAUUCGGGUUUGUAAAGAUUGGUUUGCUUUAUGUUUUGUCUGGUAUCGGAGGGAGCUUGGCAUCUGCUCUUUUUGUGCGAAACAAUAUCUCAGUUGGUGCCUCUGGUGCCCUUUUUGGUUUACUUGGAGCUAUGCUGUCUGAACUGCUCACAAAUUGGAGCAUAUACGAGAAUAAGUUGGCAACACUAUUGACUCUCAUUCUCAUCAUUCUGAUAAAUCUAGCUGUCGGGAUUCUCCCCCAUGUCGAUAACUUUGCACAUCUGGGGGGGUUUGUGGCUGGAUAUUUACUCGGAUUUGUCCUUCUGAUCCGCCCUCAGUUUGGAUAUGUCAGCCAAAAGAAUGCCCCUCCUGGCUACUUUUUAAAUUCCAAAAAACACAAGUACAAGCUGUAUCAGUACAUUCUCCUAAUCACCUCUUUGAUACUCCUCAUUGUCGGAUGUACAGUAGCCCUGGUAUUGCUACUGGAAGGUGUAGAUGGCAAUGAACACUGCUCUUGGUGCCAUUAUUUGAGCUGUUUUCCAACCCCACUUUGGUCCUGCGAUGCACAUUGCUCGUCCAACCAAUACGGGGAAGAGCUGACCUUGACAUGCAUAUCAAACAAGAAGAGCGAAGUUUACUUUUUGCCAAACGUCACCGACUCUGCUACAGAGAUCCAAAGGCUAUGCUCUGAACUCUGCUCCUGAUCAAUGCUGUAUAUAUAUAUACAUAUGUAUAUAUGUAUCAGCUUGCAGGCCGGUCCAAGAAUGGAAGCUCGAUAUCAUCCUUAACAGCAAAGAAAGAUCUCAGCACACAUAUUUUAACCUCGCUCUUUUUGACAACAGAGAGAGAGAGAGAGACAAGUGUGGAAUGUGUAUACAUCUGCUGUUUCGUGAUGAUCUGUAGUUAAUUGUUUUCUUGGAUGGGAAACUGAGCAGGCAGUAGAUUAUACAAAUGCUUCUUGUGUUUGCUGUGUAGCUAGUCUACAAGUAUAUUGUAACAAAAGCUGUGAUACCAGUUUACUGCAUUGUUUUUGAGCAUGUAAAAAUGCUUGUAUUGAUUCAAACUUCACUGCUACUUUGUAAUUAGUGUAUAUAUAUGCCCACACUCAAUGAAAAAAAAUGAUAAAUUAUGGUUAUAAAUUA